AUGGAUGAGAGAACGAAAAUCGUAGAUGUAUGGGCAAAUAAUUUAGAGGAGGAAUUUGAAAAAAUAAGAGAUAUAAUUGAAAGCCAUCCUUAUGUAGCCAUUGACACAGAAUUCCCUGGUAUAGUUGCAAGACCGACAGGAAAUGUAGUAGACUAUAACUAUCAAACAAUAAAAUGUAAUGUAGAUUUAUUAAAGGUCAUACAACUGGGUGUAACCUUUUCUAAUGGGAAAGGUGUUUUACCUAAAGUAUCAACAUGGCAGUUUAAUUUUAAAUUCGACCUUGAUAGUGAUAUGUAUGCUCAGAAUUCAAUAGACUUUUUAAAAUUAAGUGGAAUAAAUUUUGAAAAACAUCAAUCAUUAGGUAUUGAGCUAUUACAUUUUGGUGAAGUAAUUAUGUCAUCUGGUUUAGUUAUGAAUGAAGACGUAAAAUGGAUAUCAUUUCAUGGUUGCUAUGAUUUUGCAUAUCUGUUAAAAAUAUUAACAUGCUGUGCAUUGCCACAUAGUGAAGGAGAAUUUUUUGACUUAUUACAUGAUUUUUUCCCAUCGCUUUAUGAUAUAAAAUAUUUGUUAUUAAAUUUAAAUAUUAAGCAAUUAAGUCGCACAUUUUCUUUACAAAAAAUUAGUGAAAUUUUAAGUGUCAAAAGAAUAGGAAGACAGCAUCAAGCGGGUUCAGACUCUUUAGUUACUUGUAAAACAUUUUUUAAAUUAUUAGAAUUAUACUUUGACAAUAAAAUAGAUGACAAAAAGUAUUCAGGUAUUAUAUAUGGCUUGGGAACCACUAUAAAAAAUUAUAAUAAUAAAUUUGAUGAUAAUGCAUAUAAGCAUAAUAACAACAAUAACAAUAACGGUAACAAUAAUGGUGUCUACUACGGAAAUAAUAAUUAUGGAAAGAAAAACAAUAAUAAUGGUAAUAAUACAUCAGGCUAUGGAAAUCAUUAUUCCAACGAUAAAAAUCACGAAAAUAAUAAUAGCCAAUAUUGGGACGGAAAAAAUGAUAUAUCAGGAAAUAAUACUAACAGUCAUUAUAUGCAUAAUAACAUUAAUGGUAAUAAUAAUGGUGAUUUAUAUGCUUAUGUAGAUAGUACAAACAAUAGAGAAUAUAUGAUUGCUUUUAGUAAAGAUGCAGUAAAAGGGAAUAUAAAAAGUGAUGUAUUAUAUAAUUUAUAUUCAGAUAUGAAUCAAAACAAUUAUAAUAUGAUAGGAGGUAUGAAUAAUAUGGGAACAAAUAAUAAUUUUAAUACAAAUAUGUGCAAUAAUAACAAUAAUAACAACGGAAACAUCAACAAUACUAAUGGAAAUAUGAACAAUUUUGCUAUUAAUAAAUAUAAUACAUCACAAAUAAUUAAUUCUAUAAAUAAAAAUGGAAGAAUGAGUUUAGUUAAUAAUACAUACAUUAAUAAUAAUAACAAUAAAAUUGGAGAUAAUAUUAACGAAAAUAGCCAUAGUAGAAUGAACACCAAUGAUGUUAGUAAUGGCACACAUAGUAUGGGAAUGAUGGAUACUAUUGGAAGCGUUGGGAAUGUUGAUGGAAUUCCUAGUAUGGGAAAUGUAGGAAACUAUAAUCAAAUAAAUAAUGGUAAUAAUAACGGAGGUAAUAAUUUUAACGACUGUAUAAAUUAUUCUGAUAAUGGAAAUAAAAUGGGAAUGGACUCUUCGAAACUUAUGAAUGUAAUUUUUAAUGAUAUUCACUCCAAGGUCGGGAAUAAUAGCUUAAGUAAUGAUUUGAGCAAUAUCAAUAAUGGAAGUUUAAAACGCAUGGAUAGUAACAACAUGAGCGAUGGCAAUAUGAACAGGAAUAUGGGAAAUCUUAACAAUGGCAUAAUAAAUUUAAAUGGGACAAAUAUAAGCAACUUAAAUAAUUCUAUGAUUUUAAAUACAUUAAACAAUAUGAACAACAUUGGAAAUAUGAAUAUAAAAAAUUUAAGAAAUUUAAAUAAUGGAAUAAAUAUUAACAAUUUUAAUAAUGACAUUCACGCUAAUAAUGUAAAUAUGAACAACAUAAAUAUGAGUAACGGAUGUGCUAUGAAUAUUAAUAAUCAAAAUGGAAGUAUUAAUAAUAUGAGCAUAAAUGGGAGUAUGAAUAUAAAUAAUGUUUAUGAUGAAUUUCGAAAUAUUGCAAAUGUAACGAAUAAUGGUAGCAAUAGUAACAAUAAUAAUAAUGUUAAUGAAUUAAAUCAUUUAAGAAAAAAUAGUACUAAAAAAUUGGAUAUAUCCGAUGAUAAUUUAAUAAAUGUAUGUAAAGGGUCUUUUGAGUCAUAUAAUACUAAUAAUAAUGUGUUAUCUGCCAAUAUGGCCCCAGGAAAUUUAGGAACUAAUAACAAUAGUAAUGUAUGUAUGGUCAAUGCAAAUUAUGCUAAUUAUUCUAACCCAAUUGGAAAUAGCACUAAUACUAACAAUGCUACCAGCAAUGGCAAUAAUAUGUUUUUACAUAAUAUGAACAAUUCAAAUAUUGGGAGUAAUGAAAAUACCCAAAUGAAUAAUCAUAAUUAUUACUCCAUGCAAAAUAAAUAUAAUUCAAUGGGGAGUUUUUCAAAUAUUAUAAAUCCUAUACUUGAUAAAGGAGUAGCAGAAAAUUGUGAUUCUGAAAAAAGAAUUAUGGACAAUAGAAACAUAGUUAAUAAUAGGAACAAGAGCGCAAAUAACAAUAAUAAUAGCGACAUUAACACAAAACUCAAUAUAAAUAAAAAUACAAUCAAUAAUAAAAUUAAUGCUUCACAUAUUAAUUACGGGAAAAAUAACGGUAUUUCAAAUUCUUUAAAUGAUAAUAAUUCUAAUUUUAAAGGAACACACAAAAUUAAUAUUAUGGCAAAUAACGAUAUAAUAAAUAGUCCUACUCAAAAUGGCACAUCAAAAAACGAAUUUAGCAAUAGUAGUAAUAGUAGCAAUAAUAGUAAUAAUAAUAACGAUGAUGAUAUAAAUACUUUGCAGCAGAAUAUUCAUAUAAAUAGGGAUGACAGUUUUAAAGAUGAUAAAAGUUCGAGUUUAAAUAAAACAGCAAUAGGUAACAUGAAUUUAAAGCACCCGCCACCUCCUCCUCCUCCACCUCCUCCCCCGCCUAUAAAUAAUAAUAUGCCCAAUAUGUUGAACACUAGUAGUAGUAUAGGCUCUAUUAAUGGAAAUAAUAGUGAAAAUAAUAAUGAUCCCAAUGUUAACAAAAAUAACGGUAUUAUGAAAAACAUAAACUCUUCUUCCUCUAUGAAUAAUAUCAUCAAUAUAUUAAAUGGUAAUACCAAUGAAAUAAAAGGGAGUAAUCCCAGCAGCUCUAAUAACACCAACAAUUUGACAAAACAUCCUUCAAAUGGUUCUAAUGUAAGCAAUGGAAACAAAAUGAAUUAUACAUAUGGUAAUACAAGGGGAAAUUAUGUAAACAGUGUAAACAGAAAUAAUUCAAAUUGCUCUAAUAGCUCCAAUCCAGAUCAUAUGUAUAAUAAUAGUGUAUCAAAUAAAAGUUCAGUUGAUAGCUCAAAUUAUAUACCAAAUGUUAAUAUAAAUCGCGAUAACACAAAUAAUUCUAAUAAAAUAGGAAAAAGCUUCAGCUCUGUAACAAAUAUAAAUAAUGGUAUGAACGACCAAAAUAGCAUUAACGGAAUUAAUAAUAGCAUUAUUAGCAAAGAUUCUAUAGGAAGCAAUAAUAAUGAUGGAAAUGUUUUGGUUUCUGUUAAAGACCACACUCAAAGUAAUAGUAACACUAGUAGGAGCAAUAGCAAAAAUAGUUUGAUGGAUGGCUCUAAAGGCAGCAAUUAUAGUGGCAAUAACAAUAAGAAUAGUAAAAAUAAUAAUAACAAUAAAAAUGGAAAUAAAAAUAAUAAGAGCAAAGGGAAAAAUAAAAAUAUUACUGAUAAUAGUCAUGCUAAUGGUAAUAAAAGUAGUGAUAAAAAUAGUAAUAAAGGUAAUGAUAAUAAUGGAAAUAACAAUAAAGGUCGAAAUAACAACAAUAAUUCUGUGAAAAAUAAAGUUAACGAUAAAAAUAAUGAAGAUAGCAUUUUUGAUAAUAAUGCAACAGAUAGUAACUACGUUUUAAUUAAUCAAAGAAAAAAUGACAACAAAAAUUAUUCAAAUUUAAGUGUCAAAGGUGAUGAUAAUAUAUCAAGAAUUAAUAAUAACAGUGCCAUAAAUAAUUCAAAUCAAGAAUUAAUUGACGAGCAAACCAAAACACGAAACGCAGAUAAAAAUAUAUACAAUAAUUUUUACAACAAUGUGAAUUAUUUUAAAUCUGAUAAUAAUAUGAAACAGCAUAGCAGAAUAGUGGGAAGAGGCAAUGGAUUUCCUAAAAAUAAUACAAACCAAUUAUUAAUGAAAAAUAAUUUUCAUAAUAAUGGGUUAUUAAAUAAUGAAAUGUUAAGCCAUGGAGUAAAUAAUGGUGAUAAAAAUGAUUUUAUUAAUAAUAACGACAAUUUGAAUCCUCAAAACAAUUAUUCCAAUAAUGGAAAUAACUAUGGAAAUGAUGUAAAUAAUUACACAAAUAGCUUAAAUAAUUACACAGGAAAUAUAAAUAAUAAUUACUCAAACAAUUUAAAUAGCUACACUAACAAUAUAAAUAGCUAUGCAGAUAUGUUAAACCAAGGAAUAAACUACAAUUCGAAUAUAAAAAAUAACAACAAUAAGGGAGUGACAAAUUAUGGCGAAGACUCACAUAAUAAAAUGGGAAGUUUUAGUAUGAUGAAGAUGGGAAGGAUUAAUCAUGUAUCGAACAACUUUAAAAAUAAUAAUGGCAAUACAAUUAAUAAUAACAAUUUUGACAAUAAUAAUGAAGUAAAUCAAAACAAAUUAAAUGAUACCAUUAGCAUGAAUGCAACAAAUAAUUUUAUGAACAAAAAAAUGAGUAAAGAAAAUAUAAAUAUGGCUAAUUAUUCUAUGGUAAAUAAUAUUAAUAUGAAUAGCUUUUAUAUGAAUAAUGAAAAUUCAAUUGGGAAAAUAAAUAUGAAUCACGGAAAUCAAAAUAACAGUAAUUUUUUUUAUGACAAUAAUGAAAAUGGCGGGAGUAAUAUUGCUAACAUAAUUUCAAAUGAUCAAAAUUAUAAUUCCUACUCAGAAAAUUUUACAAAUAAAUUAUCUAAUAAAUCAUUGAAUGAAAAUAAUAAUAGAAGCUUACAUGGAUCUAUAUACAAUGAAAAAAGAGACAGCUCAAAAUUAAGUUACAAUUACAAUGAACAAAUUUUUUUAAAUGAAAAUAUGCUAACAGAAAAUAUGGGAUCUUUUGAAUCGGCACAAGAAAGCAUUUAUUCUUAUCCAAAUUAUGACAUUAAAAAUAAAGAUAGAAAUUAUUUUUACGAUUCUUAA